GUAUUGCGGCAGGCAGGCGAGAUCCAGACGAGGCUGCGCUCGGUUCCUCGCUGCUAUUUUUACCUCGCGCUGCUUUCUUUAGCCCUCAAUAUGAAUAUUGAGCAGACGGCAGGCAGGGACAGCUCCACUGUGCGUCGGAGGGGGGAACUUCAAUAUGCAGCAGUUAGCUCGGCUACGUGACGUUGAGCACUGAGUGCAACUGGCUCCACCCACCAGGGCAUAAUUUAAACAAAUGUUCCAUAUGCACAAAAAGCUUAUUUCUCUCAUUCUGUGCACAAAUGUAUUUAUAUCCCUGUUAGUUAUCAUUUGUCCUUUGCCAAGAUAAUCCAUCCAGCUGAUGUGUGGCGUAUCAAGAAUGUGAUUUAAACAGCAUGAUCAUUACACUGGUGCACCUUGUGCUGGGACAAUGAAAGGCUACUCUAAAAUGUGAAUUUUUUGUCACACAACACAAUGACAGACGUCUCAAGUGUUGCGGGUGCGUGCAAUUGGUCUGCUGACUGCAGCAAUGUCCACCAGAGCUGUUGCCAGAGAAUUGAAUAUUAAUUGUUCUACCAUAAGCUGCCUCGAACGUCGUUAAAAAAAAAAAAGAAUUUGGCAGUAUGUCCAACCGGCCUCUCAAACGCAGACCACGUGUAACCGCGCCAGCCAAGGACCUCUACAUCUGGCGGCUUCACCUGUGGGAUCGUCGGAGGGAGGAGUAUUUCUGUCUGUAAUAAAUCCCUUUUGUGGGGGGAGAACUCAUUCUGUUUGGCUGGGCCUGGCUCCCCAGUUGGUGGGCCUAUGCCCACCCAUGGCUGCACCCCUGCCCAGUCAUGUGAAAUCCAUAUAGGGCCUAAUGAAUUUAUUUCAAUUGACUGAUUUUCCUUUUAUAUGAACUCAGUAAACUCUUUGAAAUUGUUAUUUUUUUUCAGUAUACAUUCCAAUUCUACAGUAAAAAGGUGUCCAUGGACACACAGUAACCGCACCUCCCCUCUUCCCCCACACCUUUCUUAGCGUGCGUAUCCUCUCAGUUGAGGAGCGCCAGUCGCUGUGGUAUCACUUGUGUGCCUGCUUGCGUAGCCCCUUUCUGUGUGGAGCGUCACCGACCGUAAUGCUCGACUCGCGUGAGGGGAAUUUUAAAAUCGUGGUGUGUGACUGAAGUUUAACAAUGGGAAGUUUGGACACAAUGUUCCUUUCUGAGUCCAUGGGUGGAUAUGUUGACUGAAUGGGUGAUGUGCGAUUUAUUACACUAUUAUAUGUAUGUGUGUGUGUGUGUGUAUGUGUAUAUAUAUAUAUAUGAUCUUACCAACAUAUUUUUUUGUUGCAUUUCGGAGGAAUUACAUUUUGGUUAGAAUGAGUAAAUGUAAGUCUUAACAUUGGUUGUUCUCAAAGUAUUCAGACCCCUUCCCUUUUUCUACAUUUUGUCACGUUACAGCCUUAUUCUAAAAUGGAUUCCAUAAAAAAUCUCAUCAAUCUACACACAAUACCCAUAAUAAUGAAGCGAUUUUAGAAUUUUUUGCUAAUUUAUUACAAAUGAACUAACAUUAUUUACAUAAGUAUUCAGACCCUUUGCUAGGAGACCCUUUGAAAUUGAGCUCAGGUGCAUCCUUGUUUUCAUUGAUCAUCCUUGAGAUGUAUCUACAACUUGAUUGCACUCCACAUGUGGUAAAUUCAAUUAAUUGGACAUGAUUUGGAAAGGCACGCACCUGUCUAUAUAAGGUCCCACAGUUGACAGAGCAAAAACCAAGCCAUGAGGUCGACGGAAUUGUCUGUAGAGCUCCGAGACAGGAUUGUGUCGAGGCACAGAUCUAGGGAAGGGUACCAAGACAUUUCUGCAGCAUUUAAGGUCCCCCAAGAACACCGUGGCCUCCAUCAUUCUUAAAUGGAAGAAGUUUGGAAUCACCAAGACUCUUCCUAGAGCUGGCCGCCUGGCCAAACUGAGCAAUCGGGGGAGAAGGGCCUUGGUCGGGGAGGUGACAAAGAACCCGAUGGUCACUCUGACAGAGCUCAAAAGUUCCUCUGUGGAGAUGGGAGAACCUUACAGAAGGACAACCAUCUCUGCAGCACUCCACCAAUCAGGCCUUUAUGGUAGUGGCCAGACGGAAGCCACUCCUCAGUAAAAGGCACAUGACAGCCCGCUUGGAGUUUGCUAAAAAAGCAGCAAGAGCCCGGACUUGAACAUCUCUGGAGAGACCUGAAAAUAGUUGUGCAGCGACACUCUCCAUCCAACCUGACAGAGCUUGAGAGGAUCUGCAGAAAACAAUGACAGAAACUCUCCAAAUACAGGUGUGCCAAGCUUCUAGCAUCAUACACAAGAAGACUCGAGGCUGUAAUCGCUGCCAAAGGUGCUUCAACAAAGUACUGAGUAAAGGGUCUGAAUGCUUAUGUAAAUGUGAUAUUUCAGUUUUUUAUUUUAAUUUUAUAAAUGUGCUAAUUUAUACAAUGUUUUUGCUUUGUUAUUAUGGGGUAUUGUGUGUAGCUUGAGGGAAAAUGUAAUCCAUUUUAGAAGAAGGCUGUAACGUAACAAUGUGGAAUAAGUCAAGGGGUUUGAAUACUUUCCGACUGCACUGUAGGUGUAGAGCACAACGCAAUGGGGGUGACGGGAUAGGAAGUCAAGUCUGGAGGCAUCUGAUGAUGCCUCCUAUUCCCUAUAUAGUACACUACUUUUGAGUCCUAUUGGGCCCUGGUCAAAAGUAGUGCACUUUAUAGGGAAUAAUAGUGUGCAAUUUUGGACGUUCUAUCAUACCUCACAUUAACAUGCCACCUAUACAGUGAGGGUGAAUUAGGAUAUCCACUUGCAACAAAUUAUUUGUCCUUCCCUCCUUGACAACAUUAGUUUAUUGAGGGAAUGGUACUUUUAUAUACUGUAAGGGAGCGGUGUAGCCAUUCAGGAGUUACAGGAGGGAGGGGCUAAGUGGGUACAUAGUCAGUUUUGCAGAUCAGAAUGUCCUACAUUUAAUCUACAAGGAAAUGAUCUUGAGCAAAUCUUUUUUUUGGUGGGGGGGAAUCAGGGUUCAAAAAUUCCUAUUGCCCCUUCAUCUCCUCUCUCCUAUUCAUCUUUCCCGUAGGCAGAUGGCGUGAUAUGCGAACAUGACACUUCCUUCUCUCUCCCACUCACCCUUUCUACCUUAUCUUGUGAAUACCCCCCUCCCAUCCCUCAGUCUCCCCUCUUUUUUAUUCCGACGUGAAUACAGUAUCCAGUGGCCAUGAAAACACACAGUGGUGAAAGUGUGUAAGCAGUAAUGCUCUGAGUACAUACACACACGACUCAUCCCCUGACAGGUGUGUGCGUGCACAAAUCCAUACACCCUACAGUUCCCGUGAGAUUCCGUAGGCAUAUUUAAACUUUUUUAGUGCGAGUUGCAAACCCUUGACGUUCCACAUGUUAAUAGCUCUGUGGAAUGUGGUCGGUGCUGAUUCAGAACCUCUCCUACCGCCCUUACACCCAUUCCGUUCUUUUGGUUUCAGUCUUUCUCGUUUUGUCGGUUCAGCCAACCAAUCCAUGGGACAAUACGGUUGGUGUUCCCUCAAAGAGAAUGUGUUGCUGAGUAGGGUUAAGUCUCGGGUGAAGAAGGGUGGGUGGGGAGGGAGUUCAAGGAGUUCUUGAGUGCAAGAACUUCCAGUCCUGAUGAAACACUGCCCCUGUCAUAUAAUGAACCUAUGCGGUUGCGUUCACAAAACGGUUUGCGGCCAUUUGAACAUAAACCAUAGAACCGUGAAACAGGUUUCCCACAAGAAUUUCCCUGUAUUUAGCGCCAUCCAUCAUUCCUUCAAUUCUGACCAGUUUCCCAGUCCCUGCUGAUGGGGGGGGAAAAACAUCCCCACAGCAUGAUGCUGCCACCAUGCUUCACUGUGGGGAUGGUGUUCUCGGGGUGAUGAGAGGUGUUGGGUUUGCCCCAGACAUAGCGUUUUCCUUGAUGGCCAAAAAGCUUAAUUUUUGUCUCAUCUGACCAGUGUACCUUUGGGGAGUCUCCCACAUGCCUUUUGGCGAACACCAAAUGUGUUUGCUUAUUUUGUUCUUUAAGCAAUGGCUUUUUUCUGGCCACUUUUCCGUAAAGCCCAGCUCUGUGGAGUGUAAGGCUUCAAGUGGUCCUAUGGACAGAUACUCCAAUCUCCGCUGUGGAGCUUUGCAGCUCCUUCAGGGUUAUCUUUGGUCUCUUUGUUGCCUCUCUGAUUAAUGCCCUCCUUGCCUGGUCUGUGAGUUUUGGUGGGCGGCCCUCUUUUGGCAGGUUUGUUGUGGUGCCAUAUUCUUUCCAUUUUUUAAUUAUGGAAUUAAUGGUGUUCUGUGGGAUGUUCAAAGUUUCAGAUUUUUUUUAUAACCCAACCCUGAUCUGUACUUCUCCACAACUUUGUCCCUGACCUGUUUGGAGAGCUCCUUGGUCUUCAUGGUGCCGCUUGCUUGGUGGUGCCCCUUGCUUAGUGGUGGUGCAGACUCUGGGGCCUUUCAGAACAGGUGUGUGUGUGUGUAUAUACUGAGAUCAUGUGACACUUAGAUUGCACACAGGUGGGCUUUUUAACUAAUUAUGUGACUUCUGAAUGUAAUUGGUUGCACCAGAUCUUAUUUAGGGCCUUCAUAGCAAAGCGGGUGAACACAUGCACGCACCACUUUUCCGUUAUUUAUUUUUUAGAAUUUUUUGAAACAAGUAAUUUUUCACUUCACCAAUUUGGACUAUUUUGUGUAUGUCCAUUACAUGAAAUCCAAAUAAAAAUCCAUGUAAAUUACAGGUUGUAAUGCAACAAAAUGGGGAAAAAAGCCAAGGGGGAUGAAUACUUUUGCAAGGCACUGUAUCUCACGAUCAUCUGCUUGGCUCACUAUCCUGCAUACAGCUCCCAUCUAUAGUAGCUCACAAUAUGGCAUUUCUACUUGAGGGAUGCGUUGGUAUACUGUAGUCUUUAGUCUGUCUAUACUCAAUGUGUGUAGCCCAUUGUGCAGGGGAGUGUACCAUCUCCUUCUCUAUAGUCUCGACCUGAUUCUGCAGAUAGCCUUGUGCGACGCAGUCAUUUGCCCAUUGAGGCUUUUCUGCCAAGGAACGUUUCAUUCUUAAGAUAUGGGGGGGAAAUAACCAGAAUCCGCUUCUCUCUUCAUUUUUGACUGCGUUCUCGCUCUCACCCCUUCUCCCUCCUUACACUCAUUAUUGUCCUCUCUCCGUUUCUAUUUUUAGCUACCCCUAGGAUCCCUCUCUCCCUCCCUCCACUCAUUCUCGUGCUCCUUGUUCGUCAUCACUCCUCCCCUCCCUCCUUGUUCCCCCCUCUCCAGCUUGGUGCUAGAGAAUGGCUACUGCCUGUAUGAAUCUUUCAUCAGCCAUGGAUUGGUUCCUCUGUGCUGUUCAUAGUGCACAAUGGUUCGUGCUGGGGGAAUAGUAAGCAUUGGUGCCCACUUAGCUUCCCACCCUAAAAAUCCUGCAUUAGGUGGAUUGGGGGGUGGCUUUGGGUAGUGUUAGCAAGAGGUGUGACUGUUGAUCAGUCAGGCAUGGAAUAGGGGUGAAGCUGGCUAAAAAUAGAUGUGUUUUGUCUUGACAAAGCGAGGAGAGCCGAGAAUGCCACAAGAACAUCCGUCCGGACUCCUUGUACCUCUAGCUAUCCUAUUUUCCCUCCAAUGUCUUUAGUUCCAUGCAAAGUGGUUGCAAGAGAUGAUCUCUUCAGCCAACUGUAAAGAGCAUUGUCAAGAGGCCUUGUUUAAAAUGUAGUUUUAGCUUUAAUGCUAACAUUUAGACCAAAAAAUAAAAUCAUCAGUACCACACGUGAGUUAAUCCACAUGAAAAUGGACGAACAAGAUUGUUGGGUGUGUCUCCUUAACUGAUUUGCGUUUGUCACUGAUUUUUCUUUUGACGCGUUUGCUAUCCAGUCACCCGUGAAGGAUGCAGUACUGUCAACUCUGUUGCUGUACUGAGCUGUUUGAAUAACCCAAAGAAGCAGUCUGACCAGAAAUGAAGGCGUGUCAUGAUUUCGGCUAAGACAGGAAUUUUCUCUGCAAUUAGUUUUUUUCUUUGAAAGCCUUGACAGGAAUUGCAUGAGGACACUUGUGUUACUGUAUAUGUUGGAGCCCCAAUAUUGUAUAUUCCCCACUAUAUGUUAGCAGUCAACACUGUUUCAGGUGUGGUGUAUAGUGACUUGGAGCCAGGCUGCAAAAUGUAAACAGAACCUAUUCAUAGAGCCCUAAAGUGGUGAUAAGCCCAGUCAUUCUGGACGGAAGCUAACUACUGUUUAGUCUAAAUUCCACUAUAGAGCCUGGAAAUACGAUGACAUUGCUAAAGUAGUCAUAUUUAGUAGGAAACAACUUUGCCAGCAUUAUCAUGUCAAAUUUACUUUAGACAGAUGGCAAUGUUGUCUUUAGCUAGCAAAGUUAGUCAGAAAUAGCUAGCAAUGCUAACGUUAGCUAGCUAAAUUCCAGUGGCCUCCCCUCAAUCUUAGCUAGCUAACGUUAUACGGCAUCUAAAGUCAAUCUGGUGACAUCAAUGACAAAAGGUUUUCCUACAAAUAAUUUUCCUCCUUUUGAAUGUCAUUGUAUUGCCAAGCCACACUAAUGCACUUUUGAUAAUCUUCAUCAGCGCUUAUUGACGAUGCAUUGAGUAGAACGCUCAGUCAGACAUCAGUCCAAAACAAACGUUUAAAACAAUAUUGUGACGAAACAUGCAACCAUGAGUACUGACUUUUUUUUUUUUUUUUUUCUCUCCAGUUGUGACGGGAGCCACAGACGGCAUCGGUAAAGUCUAUGCGGAGGAGGUGAGUUUCCUGCAUGACCCCUCAUUUAUUUCAUUUCCUCCAUGGGAAAAGCUCCAUGACGCACAGGCCAUGGUAGGGAGGGAGGGCUCUUCCAGGCCUAUUAUUGUGGAAAAGGGCCCUUGCACGCACACUUGUUUUUCUAUCCUUGUGGGGACCUAAAAUUAAUUUCCAUUCCAAAUCCUAUUUUCCCCUUACGCCUAACCCUAAUUGUAACCCUAACCCCUAAGCUUAAAAUAGCCAUUGUCCUUGUGGGAAAUGUCCCCACGCGGGAUCAUUUUCCUUGUUUUACUAUCCUUGUGGGGACGUUGGGGGAUUUCAGGUCCCCGCAAGGAUAGAAGGACAGGACCACACGAGCGUGGUGGUUACAAGGCUACCACUCAGCUCCAUGUUGAGUUGGAGCACCCUUGUCAAUGGGCCAUGCAUGUGUUUAGAGGAGUAGUGAAGGCUUAGUCAAGACAGUUGGCCCAGGCAACAGUGAAACUAGAUUCCUAUUGAACCAUUUUAAGUCUCCAUUUUAAGAACAGUAGAGUUCCCUGGUUCAAUACAGUUUUCAGUGAUUGUGGUUUACCGGUGUUCUAGUGUACUCAUCCAUCUUUCUCUUUCAGCUCGCUCGUAAAGGGUUCGCCAUGAUGCUCAUCAGUCGCUCCCAGGACAAGCUGGAUGAUGUCGCCAGGCAGCUUGGUAAGUGUGUGUGUACCCCUUUCUGACUGUCUGUCGGACAUUCUAAUGGGUGGAGUAUAGUGUGUGUGCCUCGUCAACCAAGUCUCUACGUCUGCUGAUGUACAAGAUAUGGCCACUGUAAAAAGAUUCCCCAGCCCUCGCUAAAGGCUAGCCUGUGUACGUCAUUACAGAACAUUGGCAUACACAAACCUCGGCGAAAGCCUGGAAGCCUUUCAGAUGGAAAGCUGUAGGGUGUUGGAAGAGGAGGAUGUCCGUAUGGGCAGGCCUGCCUUGACGCAUGUCCGUUUGUCCCCUUUCCCUUAUAGCCCUUAGGUUCCUUUUUGGGGUGUGGAAUUGGGUGUAUAUAUUGGUUGAUUUUGAAGAUUCUCAGUGCUGUGCAAUUGUUUUUCAGGUGCCGAAUAAAACAAAUCGAAUGCAGAAAAGAUACCAGCACACUGACAAAAGGGGAGAUGUUUUAUUUUAAAUGAGCAUGACCAAAAUCGUAUGUUUGGUUGCAUAAGUCAGUGGUCAUGUUUCCUCACUGCGUUUUAAUGGAUGGUCCUUUAUUUUGGAAAAUUACACCCUAUUCUUAUACAUUCUGGCCUUCCGAUGAUGCCACUGUAAAAGCGACUGGAUUCUGUUCUCCUAAGCCGUCACCUUGGGUGCAAUUUCCCCUGUCGUGCCGACGGUUCACAGAGGGGGGUGAUGGGUAGUCACGAGCAGGGCUCAAUGUUCCAAACCCCUGGCAACCCAAACCUACCUAAUCUGGUAGCCCGACUCCCCAUACCAACCCUGUGACCAACUCCAACUCUUUCCCCCUCAGUCUUGGACCCUUUAUUAAUUUUAAAAAAUUCUCAAUGGCACCAGCUAAAUAUAGCUUCAUGAAUAUAGUGUGUCGGUUCAUGGGGAUAUUCCAGCCCACAAGACUUCUCUCUCUCCUCUUGUGAAAAUGUCACCCCUAUCCAGCAGUGGUCACUCCUGCCUGCGUAUCCCUCUCUGUGACUGGCGCAUCCUGGGAAUUUUCCUCUCGGAAUUUACCGGCUUGCCCAUCAGACAAACAAGUCUUAUACAUGCUAAUUGCAGCAGGCAUGUCAAGGGAAGGAGAGGGACAGGAGUUUUCAGGGUUAUUUGUUGGUACACAGCACCCUCUCCUGUUUGAGAAGAGGAAAGUUGUGUAUUUUCAAUGGCAGCUUUGGUGUUCGAUGGGGCAACCGCUGAGUGUGUGUGAUUAACCCAACUCUAUUUUCCUCCUGUCCACAGAGGACCAGUACAAGGUGGAGACCAGGACCAUCGCUGUGGACUUUGGCCUGUCGGACAUCUACCCUAAGAUCGAGGCUGGACUGGCUGGACUGGAUAUCGGAGUGCUGGGUAGGUGUUCCUUUGGUCUCGCCUUCCUCACCGUUUGGCUCUGUAUACCACAUGUCUGCACACUACAUUAUCCUGUCUCUCUACACUGAGUGUACAAAACUUUAGGAACACCUUCCUAAUAUUGAGUUGCACCCCUUUUUGCCCUCAGAACAGCCUCAAUUCGUCAGCGUUCCACAGAGAUGCUGGCCCAUGUUGACACCAAUGCUUGCCACAGUUGUGUCAAGUUGGCUGGAUGUCCUUUGGUUGGUGAACCAUUCUUGAUACACGGGAAACUGUUGAGUGUGAAAAACCCAGCAGCGUUGCAGUUCUUGACACACUCAAACCGGUGCGCCUGGCACCUACUACCAUACCCCGUUAAAUAUUUUGUCUUGCCCAUUCACCCUCUGAAUGGCACACAUACACAAUCCAUGUCUCAAUUGUCUCGAGGCUUAAAAAUCCUUCUUUAACCGGUCUUCUCUCCUUCAUCUACACUGAUUUUUGAAGUGGAUUUAACAAGUCACAUCAAUAAGGGAUCAUAGCAUUCACCUGGUCAGUCUGUCAUGGAAAGAGCAGGUGUUCCUAAUGUUUUGUACACUGUCCCCACAAACCACAUACUGUCAUCGGUCUCAUAAUCAACACUGAUAAACGACGCUUGCGUGCAUGCACACUUUUGCCGUUGGGCUUUUAUUUGACGACAGUCGUGCAGAGGUGUGUGUGAUUCUGUCAUUGUUUUUACAUUUCUAUAUUCCCAGCACCAGAACAGACUGACAAUGUUGUGUGGCAUGCAUGUUAGCGUUUUGCUUACUGUCUGUCAGUCUUGAGUUCUAACCCUGGAGUUACCUGGGCAACACUAGGCUAAAGCAAUACAAGUGGUAAGCUUUUGAGGCAGUGGUGUCAUUUAUAAUUAGACUCCUACUAGUGUUUUUAUUUUUUUAUUCAAAAGUACCUCAGGAGUUUUAUUAGUAUGUGUUAGUACAGAAAGAUGUCUGUCCACAUUCUUGGGGUGUGACAAUGUCACAUUCAGGUAAUACAUUGUUCUUUGUGAGAGAGCCCAUAAGUUCAUGUGCUGCUUGGCUUGCUCUUCCAGUUUAAGGUGCGGUUGUAUGGUUCUUUUCUAAAAACAACAUGUUAUGAACGCCUGGCUCUCAUUUGGAAGGUCCUGCUGCCUCCUGGUGGUUCGGAAGUGUAAAGCCACCAGUUUUAAUUUUAUUAUUUGCAGUAACAAUGGUCUCAUUGUCUUCUAUUUUAUUCAACAGUGAAUAAUGUGGGGAUCUCCUAUCCCUACCCUGAGUACUUCCUGCAUAUUCCUGACCUGGACAACGUGAGUUUUUCUUGAGUUAAUUCUGUUGAGUGAAGCACAGGGUCACCAUUGGUUACUUGAGACCUCUUCAAAUUUUAUUGGUCACAUACACAUGUUUUUCAGAUGUUAUUGCAGGUAUAGCGAAAUGCUUGUAAACCAAUUGUGUCAAUUAGGCUGCGUUUUACACAGGCAGCUGAAUUCAGUAAAAUGUAUUUACGAAUUGGUCUUUCGAACAAUCAGCUUUUUUGCCAGUAAUUGGGCAAAAUAUCAGAAUGGGGCUGCCUGUUUAACAUAGCCAAAGUUCCUAUCUGUACUGUACUUUAGCAGUAGCUAACAGAAGGGACUCACUUGCCUUUGGAGUUAAGAGGGUAGAGUAGGUGUAAAAAGCUAAUUGUUAUUUUUCUUCAUUCUAGUUCAUCACCAACAUGAUCAACGUCAACAUGACCUCUGUUUGCCAGGUAAUAGUUAUCUUGCUUCUGUAGCAGUUCUAUGCGUGUAUACAUCUAUACCAUGGGGCAGCUCUAUGCAUGUAUCUAUACCAUAGAUAUUCAUCUAGUUUUUCAGUGCUUAUUGUACAGAUUGUGUGCACGUUGUCUGUCCGAGGCAAAGUAGUGGUUUAGUUGUGCAACAUAUUGACCAUACACUGGCACAGAUGGCAUGUCGAUGGGCGUCCGUGUUUCACACUUCCCCUUCUCCUCCACUGUUGCUGCCAUGCAACCUGCAGUUUCCCAGCGGUUCCCAGAGCAACGGUGAACUACACCAACGCUGUCUGUGUUCACCACCCACGCACUACCAUUUCUUCCCCCGCUUUCGCUCUCUUUCUCUCGCUCGCCCUUGCCUCCCACGCGGCUGAAAUGUAUCAAUGUGCCAUACAUCUCCCAUAAUGCCACUGGGGUAAAUCUGUAGCGGUAAUGUAAACUUCCUCGCUGGUCCUGUAUGACUUAAUUCCCUUGGCAUUCACAGUAUUUUUUUUAUAGAUCACGUUAUCGUCCAUUGAAAUGGCAAUUUGUCUGGAAGUUGAAUAUUUGUAUAAAAUGUAACAUGUAGUUGUGUCCCAUAUGGUCUCUUUUUCAUAUGUACGGUGUAUGGCACAGCCAGUGUGAUUCCUGACCAUGCUGUUUUGUCAGGUAAUUGACCUGUUGCUCAGGAGUUGACCUUUUCUCGUUCCCUGCUCCCUUUUCAGAUGACUCGUCUAGUUCUGCCCAGAAUGGUUCAGAGGUGAGUUUGUUCUCUUUGAGUGCUAUUGCCACAUUUAUUAAUUAACUUUUAUUUGAUGCUAUUGAUAGUCUGUUCAAGUUUGUCUCGGAUGCAGUUCUUUUUAAAUGGGUUUUACACGCUCAUCCACAUGACAAUGCUGCGCUGUAAAACUACAGAUGCUAAAUCAAAUCCUUUGUCAACCUGAGUUUUUUUUUUUUUUUUUACGCCCUCCCUCUAAUACUAUCCUGGUACCAGUCUGUUUAGCUAUCAUCCCACUGCUUGCGAUUCCUUUUCAUAAGGGAACAGGCUGGCACCCAGGCUAUUCUAAUGCUGGAACCUACAUUAGAAAAGCCUAAAUGUUCUCCAUUAGAAUGACCAUGAUAUGAAGACAUAGGUUUCAUGUGUUUAGGACAUGAGUUCAACAGUGUUAUACAGAGGAUGCCCUUCUACCCAGCUCCAACUCCCCUCCUCCUUUCUAUCCCCUUUGUUCCCCAUUUUGACCAGCUGCUUUUCAAUUCACACGAAGUGCACCCUCUUCCGAUUUGGCUCUGAUGAAUCACAUGGGAUCUCUGCACCAAUGGAAAGGCGGGGCACAUUUAGUGCCAUGUGAGGGGCUAUCCAACCCCGUUUUCACUGCAGCAACCGGGGUGCUAACUGCGUGAGCAAGCCGCUACCAUGGCAACCCGCAUAGCGACUGAUGUAGUGUGUAUGGCAGUGUACAGUGGCACUAGGCUGCUUGGACUCUUUUGUGACGGACAGGAGGCUCUUUUGGCACUCCGUGGCAGAAAGAAAAACUCGUAAUUCACUUUGGUUUUUGUGUUUCAGGUCCAAAGGUGUGGUCCUCAACAUUUCCUCUGCCAGUGGCAUGUACCCCGUCCCUCUUCUGACUGUGUACUCCUCUUCCAAGGCAAGUGCCAAUGGUAGACCUCCACACAUACACACACACACACGGUUAUACAUUCUAAAUAUACACACUUUAUAUACAUUGCAUCAGUAACUCCACAACUGCUAGUAAAUGUAUGAAUGCUUUUCUGUCCCCUACCAUUGAUCCUGUUUAUCUUCACACUGAUGAUUUGGUGAACGGUUUCAACGACUUUAGACUCUGUGGCACCAGAUAUUACAGCACUUAUGAAGGCAUAAGGCCGACACGUAUGCUCUGUUCCUUUAUUUUUAUAUAGCACUUUCAAUUUUGUAUUCUUUCGAGCAUGGAUUAAAUUAAUAGUAUUUUUGCAUCUCGGCCUCCUUGGGUUAUUCAUUUUCAUGGUUUUGAGUGCUAGUACUUUUUGAACUCCACAGAUAUUUUCUCUCCCACGCACCGGCUGCCUUUUCAUUCUAGCCUGAGCGCAAACCCUCAUACUGCCUUUCUAGGUACCAGAUAUACAGUACCAGUCAAAAGUUUGGACACCUACUCAUUCAAGGGUUCUUUAUUUUUACUAUUUUCUACAUUGUAGAGUAAUAGUGAAGACAAACUAUGAAAUAACACGUGAUCUUGUAGUAACCAAAAAAGUGUUAAACAAAUUAAAAUAUAUUUGAGAUUCUUCAAAGUAGCCACGCUUUGCCAAACCAGAUGUGAUGGUGUAUCGCUACAAAAUGCUGUGGUAGCCAUGCUGGUUAAGUGUGCCUUUUUGAAUUCUAAAUAAAUCACUGACAGUGUCACCAGCAAAGCACCCCCACACCAUAACACCACCUCCUCCAUGCUUCAUGGUAGGAACCACACAUGCAGAGAGCGUCCGUUCACCUACUCUGCAUCUCACAAUGACACACAACGGUUGGAACCGGGAGUGUGCAAAGCUGUCAAGGCAAAGGGUGGCUAUUUGAAGAAUCUCAAAUAUAAAAUAUAUUUUGAUUUGUUUAAAACAAUUUUUUGGUUACUACAUGAUUCCAUAUGUUAUUUCAUAGUUUUGAUGUCUUCACUAUUAUUCUACAAUGUAGAAAAUAAUAAAAAUAAAGAACCACCCUGGAAUGAGUAGGUGUGUCCAAACGUUUGACUGGUACUGUAACUAAUAAAACAAAUUGUCUGCCAGUGUCUCAUCCUGGUUAAAUGACCACACUCGUGCUUUAAAAAGUAACAUAGAAAUGCUGAACGUAAAUGGAAGACCUGCGAACAUCAACUAUUCUAUGAGAUAAUUAAGGAUAUGAUGAAGUUACAAUGUUGCUGUUAAAGAUGCAAGAGCGAACUACUUCUCUACCCUGAUCUCUGUACUUCCACAACUCAAAUUCUGUGUAAGACAAUUGAGCAUUGUUGUUGGUUUAUUGUAUUAUAUCAUGAUGUGAAGCACUUUGUUACUUGUAUUGAAAAGCACUAUACAAAAAAGUUAUUGGUGCCCAUCACAGGAGGCUGCUGAGGGGAGGACGGCUCAUAAUAAUGUUCAGAACGGAGCGAAUGGCAUGGCAUCAAACACAUGGAAACCAUGUGUUUUGAUGUAUUUGAUACCAUUCCACUCCAGGCAUCACCACGAGCCUGUCCUCCCCAAUUAAGGUGCCACCAACCUCCUGUGGUGCCCAUCCAUCCUCCAUACUCUACACAUUUUCCAUAGUACGAUUUGUUACAUAUAGAAAUGAUGGCAAAUGAGUAUUAUUAGCAAAGCUGUGUUUUUUGGUUAUCCCAUUCUUACAGCUGGAGUUCAGUAGGGGAAGUGGUAAUAAUGGUCAAUAUCUCUUCUCUCCUUUAGGCUUUUGUGGACUUCUUCUCCCGGGGACUUCAGGAGGAGUACAAGGCAAAGGGAAUCAUUGUCCAGGUGAGAACACUCAUCCUGUUCACCUGGGCCACUUUCAGCAGGACACAAUGUGGGCCAACGUUCAGAUAGACUUGUAUUAUGUAGAACAAACAUGCUUCUCUGGCAUUUAUCUGCAACGUUCCACAACGUCUGUGUACUGAACAUGGUCCCGUUAGCUACUAGUGGCUUUCCGGUUCUUAUGACCUCUGACAGUUCCACAAAGGUAGCUAGUAUGGCUUCUUCUUGCGGACUGAUCCUCAGCACAGUACCGCACCAUACAGUCAUGCCUCCCUUUUUAUGGCUCACGCUACAAGGCUGUUCUUUGUUUAACUCCUUGUGACCUGUUGAAGUAACUCAUCUUUAGCGUGGAUACAUUUGCUGUAUAUUAUACAUUGUUUCAUUUUUAAGCUAACCUGUCUGUCCUCCAGAGCGUGCUGCCCUUCUUUGUGGCGACCAAGAUGACCCGUAUCAGGAAGCCCACACUGGACAAGCCCACCCCGGAGCGCUAUGUGGCGGCUGAGCUGACAACCAUCGGACUGCAGGACCAGACCAACGGCUACUUCCCCCACGCAGUCAUGGUACGGACCCACCGCUCAUCUCCCCUUUUUGGUUUUGUUUGAAACCGAAAAACUAAUGUCUUGUUGGACAAAUCCAGGGGUGUAUUCACUAGGAACUAAAUGGAAGCCAAACGACACAAACAAAACAACUGUGAGGGACUUAUCUGAAUUUGUCCAAGAAAAACUUGUUUACGUUGCAAAACGUUUUCGGUUUGGAGUAAAGUUUUUUUUUUUUGCAGAAAGUUUUGCAACUGUUUGCUAUGGGCUUCGUCUCUAAGGGCGUUUUCACACAAUUUUUAGCUAUAGUUCGAAUCAGAGCUAGACUAUUUGUUACAUUAGGUUUUUUUUUUUUUGGUCUGGCUGGUUUCACAUUGCAAAAUGUCAAACAAACAAAAAUUCCUAAACAAAACCACAUGUCCGUGCAAGUCAUUUGUUUAUUGGUCAAAAAUUAUCAAGUUAAAUCCAUUUACAGUAUCACUUCAAUCAUACUGUGUCCCAAACUUCAUAUUAUUUUCACUUUGGUCUUCCAACAACAUGCAGGAGCAAACUGCGCAAUAGCUGUUAUAACUGCGACGUGAAUGGGCUAUAUUCCGUAACCUACUGUAUAGCCCUCGUCUCCCCUAACCUGCAUCGGAUGCACUCAUAAAUGCGCUGCUACUCACAUAAUGUUUCAGAUCUCAAGUUAUAUGAUGCUGCAUGCAUUUCAUCAAAUGCUUGCCGUCAAACAACCAAUAAUAAUGGUGAACUCUGGUUAUUUUCCUGUGUUUGAUCCGGACUGUGUUCUCCCCUGCAGCGAACCGCACCACGGUACGAAUUGAAUCAGACCGAGCCAGAGACCACCCUUUUUGAGUGAACCACAGUGCGUUGUUUAGUGCGCUCCCAAGUGCCGAUUAGCAUUUAUACCAGUCCAAACGAAGCUAACUAAGGGGUUAAAUGCACCAGAGUUCUGGAAACUGAAUCAAACCAAUUUGGUGUGGAAGCCCCCCUAACUGAACACACCCAAUGUACUCCCUCCCUUUUUCAGUUAGUUUUCCUCCAUUUGGUGCAGAGCAUUCCGUUUAAGAAAUGUGAUGUGUAGAACUGAUAUGAUCAAUCAGUUUCACAUCACUGAAUAGUGAAUUUGUCCUCAAUGUGUAUAUGUCCACACUGAGUGCCAACUAACCUCUGACCUUUGUCCUCUGUGUGUCCUCAGGGCUGGCUGACCACUGUCCUGGUGCCCAUCAACCUGGUCAUCUACUUUGGGGCAAGAAUGAACCGAGCCCAGCGUACUGGCUACCUGAGGAGGAGAAAGCUGAGGGAGCUGGCCAACCAGAGCAACGGGAAGAGCGACGGGCUGAAGAGCGACUAA